GCGAGCCGGAGGAGAGCCCUGCACUGCAUUAACGAGAAAGAGCACAGAGGAGGUGGAGGAUAGUUUUCUGAUGCCGAGCUGACGGUGCCCGGUGGUGGAGCGGAGAGUGGAGCGGCUGACAAUCGCAGGAUUGAUGGAGAUGGAGAGACAGCAUAGUCACCCAGCACUGCUGUACACCUGGACAAAAGAGCUGCACUGACAGAGGUCUGCAAAGUGCUUCUAACACAGUGGGUGGACAAGGAAGCUGUCCACAUACGUGAACGUUAUCAGCACGGCUGUCAGGACAGAGUCUAGCCAACUUUGAGGGGGCAAAGUCAGCCAGUUGGAGGGACAGAGAUGUUGUGGCAGGACAAGCAUGCGGCCCUGACUUUUAUGUCAUUACUGCUGCUACUGUGGCAGGAAGCAGCACCCAUUGAAGUCCCAGAAGACCCAAAGAUCCAGCAAGACUUGAAGCAGCCCCCAACUAUCAUGAAACAGUCAGUAAAGAACUACAUUGUGGACCCCAGAGAUAACAUCAUCAUUGAGUGUGAGGCCAAGGGCAACCCAGUGCCAACGUUUUCAUGGCGAAGAAAUGGGAAGUUUUUCAAUAUUGGGAAAGAUCCCAGGGUGACGAUGCGAAAGCGCUCAGGAACCCUGGAGAUCGGCUUCCGCAGCGGAGGCCGGCCAGAGGACUACGAGGGAGAAUACCAGUGUUUUGCCACCAAUGACUUUGGAGUGUCUCUGUCCAACAAAAUCCUGCUCCGGGUCUCCAAGGCUCCUCUGUGGCCUAAGGAGGUGCUGGAGCCAGUAUCUGUGACUGAAGGCUCCCCACUGGUUCUACCUUGCAACCCCCCACCAGGUCUGCCUCCUCCGUUCACCUUCUGGAUGGACAGCAAUAUGAGUCCAAUCCCUCAGGAUAAACGAGUGUCCAUGGGUCUUAAUGGAGACCUCUACUUCUCCAACGUUUUGGCCCAAGAUGCAAACACAGACUACAGCUGCAAAGCUCGCUUUCUGUUCACACACACCAUCCAGGAGAAGAACCCAUACAAACUCAAAGUUCAGACCAAGGAGCCAUACAAUGACACAUCUUACAAUGCCUCUGAGCCCCACGGUGACCGUAAAGUAGCAGAGUCCACGCCGACCUUCCUCUCACCAUCAGGAAGUGAGAGCUCCAAAAUGGUGCUGCGAGAUGAGCAGCUGCUGCUGGAGUGUAUCGCUGCUGGACUUCCAACACCCAUCAUCAAGUGGUUUAAGAAAGGUGGGGAGCUGCCAGGGCAGAAGGUGAAGUUUGAGAACUUCAACAAGACCCUGAAGAUUGUUAGUGUGUCAGAGGAGGAUGCUGGCGAGUAUGUAUGCAUGGCCAACAAUCAUUUAGGCACCAUACGCCACUCCAUCUUUGUUCAAGUUAAAGCGGCUCCUUACUGGUUAGUCAAGCCAUCAGACCAGGUGCUAGCCCCAGAAGAGACUGGACGCCUGAUAUGCCGGGCCAAUGGCAACCCUAAACCUCACAUUGAGUGGCUUGUCAAUGGGCAGCCUAUAGAGAGCUCUCCCACCAACCCAAACAGACAGGUGCUCGGAGACACCAUCAUCUUUCGCUCUGUGCAGAUUGGAAGCAGCGCCGUGUACCAGUGUAAUGCCUCCAACGAGCAUGGCUAUUUGUUAGCCAACGCCUUUGUCAACGUUCUUGACCUGCCCCCGAGGAUGCUGGGCCCCAAAAACCAGCUAAUAAAAGUCAUUAAGAACAACCGCACCUUCCUAGACUGCCCCUUCUUUGGUUCCCCUUUACCGGAGCUACGCUGGUUUAAGAACGGACAGGGCAGCGGGCUGGAUGGAGGCCAGUACCGUGUUUACAUUAAUGGUACCCUGGAGAUAAAGCGGGCCCAAGCAGAGGACGAGGGAACCUACACCUGUGUGGCCAGCAGCAUCUUGGGAAAAGCUGAAAACCAAGUGCGCCUGGAGGUCAAAGAGCCAACUCGCAUCAUUCAGGCCCCCGAGCACCAGUCAGCCAUCAGGGGCUCCACAGCUCGCUUCACUUGUAGGGUGACGUCUGACCCCAGCCUUCCUGUCAGUGUGGCCUGGAUGAAGGAUGACAAGCCUCUUUACUUGGGAUGGAGGUUGAAGAAGGAUGAUGAGUCCCUGUCGAUCCCCAAUGUGAACGAGGGUGACGAGGGGACGUACACCUGCACUGUUAAAUCUGAGAUAGACCAGCUGUCAGCCUCUGCUCGCCUCACAGUAUUAGAGGUGGCCACUCUCAACCCCUCAGUCUCUAGUGCCUUGCUUCCAGCCCGUCCAGACCCCCCCAUGGAUCUGGAUUUGUCGGACCCAGCAGCACGCAGCGUUCGCCUCACCUGGAUCCCUGGAAAAGACCACAGGAGCCCCAUCACAGAGUUCUUGGUCCAGUUUGAAGAGGACCGCUGGGAGCCGGGUAGGUGGCAGAACUUGUCAUCUUACCCUGGAGACCUCAACUCUGUCAUCCUGCAGCUCGCUCCCUUUGUCAACUACCAGUUCAGGGUCAUCGCCAUCAACUCGGUAGGUCAGAGUGAUCCCAGCCGCCCCUCGCCCCGAUACAAGACAACUGGAGCUGCACCAGAUGCCAUUCCCAAAGGCCUACGGGGUUGGGGGUCCAGAAAGGACAAUAUGGAGAUCACCUGGGAGCCUCUCCUUGAUCUGGAAAGAAAUGGUCCAAACCUGCACUACAUUGUGUGGUGGAGACGAAAAGACGUUGAGGAGGAGUGGAAUAACGUGACCAUAUUGGGGGCCAAACAUGUGGUCCACAAUACAGAAAUCUAUGUGCCUUAUGAGAUCAAAAUCCAGGCCAGGAAUGAGUUUGGAGCAGGACCAGAGUCUAACAUGGUGAUUGGAUACUCUGGAGAAGACAAGCCCACUGAUGCUCCCACUGACCUGCGGGUAUCAAAGGUUGACAGCACCAAAGUUAUCAUCCACUGGAACCCUGUGGACCUGAACUCUGUCCAGGGAGAGUUCAAGGAGUAUAGAUUAUACUACUGGCGUGAGUCUAGUCAGGUUCCAGGUCUGGUGGUCAUUAAGGAGAAGAAGGUCAAAGGUUUUUAUAGCACUACGGUCAAACCAUCAGGCAUGCUCAGUGACCUGGUGCCGUACUCUAACUACAAGAUGUUCAUGGUUGUGGCCAACAAUCGCUUUGAGAGUCAACCCAGCAACACUGUGGAAUUUACCACCAAAGAAGGAGUUCCAGACGCUCCAAGGUUCUUCAAGAUUAAUCGCAGAAGUUUGGACACGAUCCACUUGGAAUGGGCUAAACCUCUGGAGCCCAAUGGCAUUCUGACUGGAUACCAGCUCAAGUACCAAACAGUCAACGGUUCCAAGGUGGGUCCUUUCCAGCUGGAGACGUUCUUUCCUAAUGUGACAGAGUUUUUCCUUCGCGUGCCGGACCGUUCCUCCCGCUACAAGUUCUUCCUGUCAGCACUGACUCAGGUGGGAAAGGGGGAGGACUAUGCUGAGGAGUCUCCACACUUCACUAAUGAAGAAAACUUUACUGACACGACAGAUCUAGUCGAGCUUACCGACUCCUUUGUGGCUUCUGGUUUCACUCCUACUCCUACUCCUUUUGGUUAUCCUUCUCCUACUACCAUUGCUCCUACAACCAUUAGUACCUCAACUACUCCCACUCCUACAACUACGACUUCAACCACUACUAUUGCCACCACUUCUACUACUGAGGCAACCACUACCAUCCUUCCAAUGCUGUUCACCACCAAGCGUAUUGACCAGAAUGUGUUGGUGGACUCUGGGCGAGAGAUCUGGAAUUUGACGGUGGAACCUAACAGUAACUACGCUAACGUCAGCUGGACACACAACUUCCCGCCCGGCAGCAGCGAUUUUGUACUAGAGUUCAUUCUAAACAGUAACAACACGAAGAAAGAUGUAAAGAGUCAACAGCCCCCCAUUAUUGUGGUGGAUCUCAUCCCAGGCGUCGUGUAUCACCUGAGAGUUUACUCCCAUCUAUUCAACAAUGUCAGCAGCAAACAAGUCACCUUUAAGACCAAAGCAGCCUACAUAGACCAGGUAGACAUAGCCACACAGGGCUGGUUCAUCGGAUUGAUGUGCGCCAUCGCCCUUAUCAUCCUGAUCCUCCUCAUCGUCUGUUUCAUCAAGCGGAGUCGUGGAGGAAAGUACCCAGUGCGAGAUAAAAAAGAUCUCCCCUUGGAUGCAGUGGAUCAAAAAGACCAGGAUGGAUCCUUUGAUUACCACAGUGACGAGGACAACAAGCCUCUGCAGGGCAGCCAGACUUCACUGGAUGGCAACGUAAAGGAAAGUGAUGACAGUCUGGUGGACUACGGCGAGGGUGGAGACGGGCAGUUCAACGAAGACGGUUCUUUCAUCGGCCAAUAUACAGUGAAGAAGGACAAGGAUGAGACGGAGGGCAACGAGAGCUCCGAGGCCACUUCACCUGUGAAUGCCAUCUACUCGCUGGGAUAGCGGCUCAACAGCGCACGCGGGGAACUUGGGCACACCCUCUGAUUUGUUAUGAUAGAACCAGACACAUAUACCAACACACAUGAUUCUGAGUAUAUGAAACACAUUACACACAGUGAAAGCAGCAGUGGCGCCAGUCUGGAGACUGUCUAGGCUCUCCUCUGCAGGUAACGUGGAAAAAGAUGCGACCACAAGCCUUUAAUUUAUUUUUCCAGUUCUAACAAUAUGGUCCAUGGACACAUCUGGAGAAAGUGGACAAUGCUCGUUUUCCUUUGUGCUCUGCCUGCCCUUUACCCACACAGACUUGAAGUGUGCCUUCGGGAGGCAUCAAACAUGCUUUAGAGAUUUUUUGGUUUGUGACUCAGCUCUGCUUCCCGAUAACCUCCCCUGUGCCCGGCAUACCUCUGCGUAACCAAGUAAAGUAGUCACAGAGGUUAAAUAUACAUACACACUCUGGCCACAUCCUGUAACAUAUCAGCUUCUAACCAUAGGAUGCCGGCAGAUAUGUUUAUCAUAUUGAUAUUUAGGCAAUGAAAGAUUUUAGUUUUUCCACAGCUGAUAGAGGAGUCCGUGAAACUUAACGAAUGCUGUAUAAAGUCCUGGCACACAUUUUAGUGCCCUGCAAAUCUAUGCACUAUCACCUCCAUACCCUUUUUGGUUCCAUCUGGUUAGUAAAAAUACACAUUGUGGGCUUCUUUUUAGCAGACUCAGUUCCAAGGUGGUUUGCCUUGACCUUUGUUGCAGGCAUGCAUCUGUUUCCUCUUAUCCUGUGUUGCAGCUGUUCAAAAUGCUUUUCCUGGGAAAAGCCGUUUCAUGCUUUGAGCUCAGUUACAGUAUGUGGUUAAUUAAACCCAACGUUGUUCUGAAGCAUGGUAAUAAACUUAGGUUUGCUCAAGAAACACCAGCGCACUAAAAAACCAGUGAAUUCCCUAUUAAGCAUGUGGGCUUGUGCUACAUUCAUGUCUAGCUGACAGGGUUCGAUGGCAGUGAUUCCCAUAUUAGUGUGGGAAUCAUUGCCAUCGUGUUGUUGGAAUGUGGGAAAAACUGCAAAAGGGAGAAGUUUGAAUUCAGUGUCUCCUGCUGUGAACGUAAUCGUGAAAGACAUUGGAAAUUUUUAAGUCCAGUCUGCUAUUCAAAGACAGUUUAGUCUGUGAACUCGAGGAGGUAUGGGUCAAACUGCCAACCUCUCAAUUAUUGGAUGACCUCAUCAAAGCACAAGAUGACUGGUCAGUCACAGUCCUGGAUCAGUAUUCUUCUAAUAGGUUUGUACAACAGACAAACCUUCUUUGCAUCUGUGAGGCUCCUUAAUUCUGUUGACUUUGUUAAAGAGUUACAUCCAAUCAGGUAAACUGGCAGUUUUGAAAGUGUGUUUUAUAACCAGGCCAAAUGUAUGGUGGACACACAGGGACAUAUUUCAACUGAAAGAAAAUAUUCUUCUACCCCUCUUUAGCACUGCAGGUAUCUUCAUUUUGUCUCCUGGAUCAUGAAUGUAGCACCAGAAGUCAUGAUCCAUAAGCCGUGUCCACAGUAAACUUUGUGCGUUCAGCUUCACUCAGGCUGUGCAGACAUUAGUACCACACACUGUAUACAAUGACCUCCAGUACUCACUGUUAUUGGAACAGCCACAGAUGUGUUGCUCUGAAAGAGUCCAAUUAUUUUACUUUAUUGCCUUGAGGUGCUGUAUAUUGCAAGGUACAACAUCGGAGAGCGAAGCCCAACAAUCACAUGAUGUAGAUAAGGUACAUCCUAAUCAGUGAGGUAAGUGCACUGCACUCUGUGAGUUUAGCCUGAACCCACCUUCACAGAGGGACCACGGCCUCUUUGGUUCUUUGAAUCUUUAUAAACUCCAAAAAGACAUGAUUACAAAACACUGUUACGUGAUACAAAUGAUCUAUAGAACGAAAGGUACAAUUCACAGCCACACUUAAAAAUAAAAGUUAUUCGCUUCAUUUGACAUUUUUGCCUGAGUAUCAGAUCCAUCCUGUUGUAAGACUCACUGGCCUUAAGUUGCUAUAAAGGUUCACCAAACAGUUGUUGGCACUCAUGCUGUAGUUACUGAAGCUACUAUUAAACCCAUGAGUGCUACAUCAAACAGGCUGACAUUUGGAAUAUUUAUUUGUUAUUUAUUACAUGAUGUGGAUAGCAUUAAUAUAUUAGUUCUUAAUUUAAUUCACUUCAUUUUUAUGUACAACUGAGCCAAACUACCGAUGGCUACAGAAUAAAAUUAUUGUUCAUCAUGAGAGGCAUCAACACACAACUGUAUGUUCAAGAUAUUUUUCUAGCAGCUGCAUUUUCUGCUGUAACUGAUACACAAAAAUAUAUCUGUCAAAGACGUCACGUCUCCGUCCAUUCUUAUACUCGUGUUGUAUCACUGUUACUCUGUGUUGCUGUUCAGACUUAAGUAGCAUAACCUUUCCAUCAUUCUGAGAAUGAAUUGAUGUGUUUUCAUUAUUUCAUUAUUUGGUAUUUAUUUUGUACAUCAGAGUCCUGAAAGAAAAUCCUACCUUUGUAAAUACUGAAGACUGACCCCCACCCGCCCAAUGAGAGUCACAAAUCUGCAUCCACCAAGCAGCUGUAGUGGUGCAGUCUGCCAGUCUGUCAUACACCUUUGUUAUGUAGCUUUGAUUAAUCUUUGCACUCUGAGGAGAAAUCAUCCCUUUGCAUUGACAUUGUCAUAUAUGGACUGUGGCAAGCCUUCUCGGGUGUGCUGAUGGCUUGGUUUGUGUGUUCUGAAAGAGAAAUAUGUGCGAUUCUAUUGUGUACAAAGUAACAGCUCAUGCAGUGUACUACCUGAGUUACACAAACUACUAAAAGACCUGAGAACAUGAAUUUCCUGAGGUCCCCUCCUUUUCUUGAAUAGGGGCUGGAUACACAGGCAUGACAUGUGUCUCAUUACAGGGGUCAACAACUUUGACCCCUGUAAUGUAUUCCACUUUGUUUGUUGGUCUUUGUUCCCCAUUACAACUCUUCUCAGGUGCUCUUUGUCAACUUGUAAACCUACAUAUCCACAAAAACCUUGGUAAAAAGUCUUAAACUAGGGAAAAUCAUUCAUUUUCUGAACUUCCUCUUUCUUAAUGUGUCCUAGUGUGAGACUGCCAAUAAACUGUAGCCCCAAACCUGA